AUGGGGGAGCAGAAGCCACAACGGACGAAGCUCCUCUCCGAGAAUCUGGACGGUCGACAGGACGAGAGUCCACUUUCGGAGGGCGAUGAAGUCAGUCGUGCCAUUCGCCGCCUCAGGCCGAGGCGUGCACGUGCCACCCGUCGGAGCUCUCACUUUCGUCUUUCCUGCCUCCUGGUCAUCCCCGAGACAGUAACAUCCUCGCCCGCUGACAAGUCUACCGCCAUGGAUCUCGUCGCAAGUGUUCGUAAGGAAGGCAGCCGUGGCGGCCGCAACGAGUUCAAAUGGUCCGAUGUCAAAGAUUCCAGCCACCGAGAAAACUAUCUCGGCCACUCUGUCAUGGCGCCGGUCGGUCGCUGGCAAAGUGGUCGAGAUUUACAAUGGUAUGCCCGAUCCGGGGACGACGCCGAAGAUCAAGCCACCAAGGAGCGUGAAGAGAGACAGCGCGUCAAGGAAGCCGAGGAUGAGGCGAUGGCGCUCGCUUUGGGUCUCCCAUUGCCCCCCAAAGCCGCGGCCGCCGCCAACGCCAAUUUGACACCACUAGGAGACAAAGACGUCCAACAUGCGCUUCGGGAGACGGCAGCUGAUAAGGAUCUAUCUGAUGAUGGGAUGGGAAAGGGCGUGGGCUGGAGGCAGUGGGGGUCGAUUCACAUUCGCGACACGAUCGAAGGCGGAGAAGUGGACGGAGCAGGAGCCCGGACAGGGAUCGCAAGCGAGAUCGUGCCAGUGGCCGGGAUCGAGACCGAGAUAGAGAGCACCGGCACCGGCGGCAUCGCGAUGAGCGCUCUCAUCGCCACAGGAGCCACAGGCAUCGGUCGAGGUCCCGCUCACGAGACCAGGAUCGCCGGAGAAGACGGUCACGCUCACUGUCUAGGAACAGGGACAGGAAAGACGAUGAUUACAGAAGACAAGAAGAUCGCAAACAUACGCAUCCACGCGAAAGGGAUACGGACUCUUACCAUCGGCGCUAAUCCCAUAGCUACCACGAAUACUGCAGAGGGGAUCAAGGUGCUCACCGCAACGUGCAGGACAAGGGAUGCAUUACAAGGUGAAGGCCACAUCAACCCGGGGCUCAAUGCAACACACAACACAACAUCACGUGGAGGCCAUGCCCGAGGAUCCUACGAUCAAUGCGGUACAUGA